UGAGGAUUCGGGUGUGACGGUUCUUGUCCUCAGGAUGGAUUUGCACCAGGCUUUGCCUCCUGCCAGGUGUGCGCGCGUCCGCCAGCCUUCUGGGGCGGCGAGCGUCAAGCCUCCGGGCGCCCCACGGCCCAGGGACCCGGCCUCGCCGCGAUCUCCCCGGGGCCGCGCCCCCGCCGCGCGCGCGGAAGGCCGCAGGGAGCGCGGACCCGGAGCCCCGGGGCCCAGGCGACCCCGCCCCCGGGCCGCGUCACGGGGCGCCGCGGAAUAUUUAAAGGAUGCUUCAAAGAAGACGAAAAGCGGGCUUGUGUUUGUAAAACUGGCUAACCCAUGUUCAGGGGAAGGAGCCAUUUACUUGUUCAACAUGUGUCUACCACAGCUGUUUGAAAUAAAAGUUUUCAAGGAAAAAAACCGUUCUUGGUUUAUAAAUGAAUCAGUUCAAUCAGGAGGUCUUCUUCACUUUGCCACACCUAUGGACCCUCUGUUUCUGCUUCUCCACUACCUUAUAAAGGCUGAUAAAGAGUCUUUUCAGGGGAAGUUUCAACCUCUGGAUCAAGUUGUGAUGGAUGACAUGUUCCCGGAUUGCAUCUUGUUGCUGAAACUUCCUGAACUUGAGAAGUUGCUUCGACACGUGACAGAGGAGAAAGAAAUAGGCAAGAAGAAAUAUUACAAGUACAGCAAAGAGAAGACAUUAAAAUGGCUAGAAAAAAAGGUUAAUCAGACUAUGGCAGCAUUAAAAACCAAUAAGGUAAAUGUCAGUGCCCGGGUACAGUCUACUGCAUUUUUCUCUGGUGGCCAGGUUUCCAGUGACAAGGACGAGGAUUAUGUUCGUUACGCCCAUGGUCUGAUAUCUGAUUACAUCCCUAAACAAUUAAGUGAUGACUUAUCUAAAUAUUUAAAGCUUCCAGAACCUCUAACUUCAGUGCGAAACCCUCCAUCAAAGGUGGCAGCACGAAGACAGAAAAGGGACAAGUGACAGCAGAUCCACGCAAGGCUCUUCUGCUUCUCCUGUGAUUUAAGACACUCCCAAAGGGCUACAUACAACUUCUUCCACACUUUCUAGAAAAUCAGCAAAUGCCAAAAGAAGCGUUUUCAAGGACUAACCAGGAAUGCUUUAUUUCUGUGAGCAAUACCACAGUCCCUUCGAGCAGUGGCAACUCCCCGUGGAGGCAACUGUCAUGGAACUAGAAAGCCCCCUGAUUGUGAACCUGCCCUGAGAAAUUCAGGCCACAUCAGCGCUCUGCUGAUCUACCCGCCAUAAAGCUGUGGAUUUUUACAGCCUAGUGCUUCAGAUUGCAAUACAUCUGGAGGAGACGGCUCAUUGUGAGUUUCGGGUCAUUUUUUAUGCCCGACCCCAUUGACCUGCUCUGCUUUCCUGGGGUUAAGAGAGCACUUUUAGGUCGGCAUGUGGUGACUAUAAGUACUAGGUUCCACACCAGAAGCUUUAACAAACCAAGUUUCUAGACUUAUUUACGAAAAGAAAAAAAAGGGAUUUUCCUGGCAGUCCAGGGGUUAGAACGUGGAGUUUUCAUUACUAUUCCCUGGGCUCAAUCACUGGUCAGGAAACUAGGAUCCUACAAGCCCCUCAGUGUGGUUUGAAAAAAAAAGCCUGACCUUUCUUUACUCCUUAUCAAUUUUGGCAGCUUCUAAUUCAUAACAAUACCUGAACAUGUGCAUUUUAUGAUCUGC